CCUUGAAUCAAUCUCCUGUGUUUGAAAAUAAAAAUGUUGUUGUCACACAUGGCGGGAAUGGAGUACCUUUGACAUGCACAAAUAUUUCCAUCAAUUCAGGAGAGCUAGUGAGACAGGAUAGUAACUAUGACAACACAUCCAGGCUUAAUAAAGCGGCUCGAUGAGGUGGUGGUGAAUCGUAUAGCAGCAGGGGAGGUUAUCCAGCGCCCAGCAAAUGCUCUCAAAGAAAUGAUCGAAAACAGUUUGGAUGCCAAGUCCUCCAACAUUCAGGUGACCGUGAAACAGGGUGGACUCAAACUGCUACAGAUUCAGGACAAUGGGACAGGAAUUAGGAAGGAAGACAUGGAAAUUGUUUGUGAGAGAUUUACCACCAGUAAGCUUCAGAAAUUUGAGGAUCUGAAUUCUAUAGCCACCUACGGAUUCCGAGGAGAAGCAUUGGCUAGCAUAAGUCAUGUGGCCCAUGUUUCCAUAACAACUAAAACUGCUGAUUCAAAAUGUGCCUUCAAGGGAAGCUAUGUGGAUGGGAAAUUAAAAGAAGCAGUGAAACCGUGUGCUGGAAAUGUGGGAACUCAAAUCACCGUAGAAGAUUUGUUCUACAACAUAUCGACCAGAAGGAAGGCAUUAAAGAGUCCCUCCGAGGAACAUGCCAAAAUAGCAGAGGUGGUCAGCAGGUAUGCAGUACAUAAUUCCAGUGUGGGAUUCACACUUAAGAAGCAAGGGGAGAAUACUGCCGACAUCAGAACAUGUGCCAAAUCAAGCCAUGUGGACAAUAUAAGGACCAUUUACGGACCGUCCAUUGCCAAAGAACUACUGGAAAUUCAACAUGAGGACAAAAAAUUAUCCUUCAAAUGCCAUGGUUACGUGACCAACGCUAAUUACUCAAUGAAGAAAUGUAUAUUUCUUCUUUUUAUUAACCACCGUUUGGUGGAUUCUUCAUCUCUACGUAAAGCCGUGGACACAAUUUACCAAGCAUAUCUUCCUAAAAACAUGCAUCCUUUUGCCUACCUGAGUUUAGAAAUUGCUCCUCAAAAUGUUGAUGUCAAUGUACACCCUACGAAACAUGAGGUUCAUUUUCUUCAUGAGGAUGCGAUUAUUGCCAGUAUUCAGUCAGCUAUUGAGACCAAACUUCUGGGAGCAAACACAAGCAGAACUUACUAUACACAGGCCCUGCUACCAGGAGCACCUGUGUCCCUAGACAGUAAAGAGGAGGAUCCAAAUUCUUCUAAAUCUACCAGUGGUGGACCAGAGAAAACAUAUGCCCAUCACAUGGUCAGAACAGACAGCAGAGAACAGAAACUGGAUGCCUUCAUGAAGCCAGUCAACCCAAGCACCACCACCACCACUGAAGAUGUCCCUAAAGACACCACCCAGUCUGAGGACAGCCAGAUGGAGACUUCACCCAGCGGUGAUGUAAUGGUAUUACCCAGUUGUGGAGCCCAACAGAAGAGGAGGCCUGUAAAACUCACCAGUGUUCUCACACUUCAGGAAGACAUCAAAGAAAAUAUGCAUAAAAAUCUGAGAGAAAUGUUCCAGUUCCACAAAUUUGUGGGUUGUGUCAAUAAAGAGUUUUCCUUGAUGCAGCAUCAGACUAAACUCUACCUAGUAAACACGACCAAACUAAGUCGUGAACUUUUCUACCAGCUGAUGAUAUUUGAUUUUGGAAACUUUGGAAUACUUAGACUUUCAGAGCCAGCCCCUAUAUAUGACCUUGCCAUGCUUGCCCUUGACCUAGAAGAGAGUGGCUGGACGGAGGCAGAUGGUCCAAAGGAUGACCUUGCUCAGUACAUUGUGGAUUUCUUGACAUCUAAAGCGGAGAUGUUGUCUGAUUAUUUCUCCAUGGAGAUUGACCAGAAGGGUAAUUUAUGCACACUGCCGCUCCUGCUUGAUAACUAUGUACCCAACAUGGAGGGUCUUCCAAUGUUUGUACUGAGGCUGGCCACUGAGGUAAAUUGGGACUCAGAGAGGGAGUGUUUUGAUACAUUCUGUAAGGAGACAAGCGAGUUUUAUUGCUUCAAGCCCAGUUUAUUUCAGAACCAGGAAAAAGAAUCAACAGAUUCACAGGAAGAAGAGGGAGUGACUGAUAAAUCCUGGAAGUGGACUGUGGAACACGUUUUAUAUAGUGCAUUCCGGAAUCUUUUGUUCCCUCCCAAGUCUUUUGCUGAAGACUCAAGUAUUUUACAAAUUGCCAAUUUACCAGAUUUAUAUAAAGUGUUUGAACGAUGUUAAUAAAAAUAUUUACUCAG